AUGGCUGCCUCUACUGCCGCUCACGAACACCACAUGGACAAGAUCCCGGAAGGCGCCGGCACUUCUCCAGAUCCCAUAGACGCGACGCUAUGGGUCCAUAUCCUGCUUCAGUCGCUUGCCUGGGGCGUCCUCUUCCCCACGGGCAUGGUCCUCGGUAUCACCCGGUCACGAUGGCACGUUCCUAUCCAGUCGACUGCCACCGUCAUGGCCAUAGUCGGCUACUUCCUGGGACACAAACACAAGGGCCGCCAGUUCUCGACAAACGUCCAUGCCAGCUUCGCGCCCUGGCUCAUGUUCUUCCUCUUCUGCCAAGCUUUCUUUGGAAUCUACUUGAAGCUGCACCUUGAGAAAGGAAUCCACGGAACGAUUCGGAGGUACAUAGUCCCCGUUCACGGCGCGAUUGGCAAACUCCUUCCAUUGGGCGCCUGGAUCCAGAUGCUAUUCGGCGGCAUCACAGCCUUGGGUUUCUGCCGGGACGAUCAUAUGGGCCAGUGCCUUGCACACUUCAUCAUGGGCAGCGCGUUCAUCGCGUACGGAAUCAUCAUGACUAUCCUCUUGCUUGUGGGCCAGCUGUGGUUGAAGCGCACCGGAAGGAGCCAGGAGUUCUUCGAUUCCCUCAUGAUUGCUGCUUGGGGAUGCGUGAACACUUUCACCGAGCACCGCUGGGGCGGCCCCUGGGUUCACAAUGACCUCCAGCACACCUCCAUGGGGAUUGUCUGGUGGUGCGCGGGGCUGGUCGGUAUCUGGCUCAGCAGGACCAGGGACGGCAGGCCAAAGAGGAACUUGAUCCCUGCUGUUGUCAUUCUUCUUACCGGAUUCGCCAUGUCUGCCCACCCGCAGACGUUGCCUCUAUCGACCAUGGUGCACUCCGUUUUUGGAUACACCUUGAUGGGAGCCGGUAUCACCAGGAUUAUUGAAAUUUCUUUCGUACUGCGGGACCAACCUUGCAUCAGUGAUGACGGCACGGACAUCCACAGCUGGCAGCAUUUGCCUCCAUUCCUCCUCUACGCUUCUGGUUUCCUGUUCAUGGGCGCAACCGAAGAGCAAAUGGCUCUACUUUCCGACGCUCACGUUACGCAUGUUUCUUACGUUCUCAUACUCUACAGCAUUGCUUUCCUCCUCUACCUUUUCGUCAACAUGCUGCUUCAUGUUUACGCUACUUACGCCUGGCCCGAGUCCACCAAGCCGGACCCCGAGAGUGGCCGCCCUAACGGCAUCCCCAACGGGCACGCUCGCGGACAUGCCCACACCCGCUCAAUGGAACAGCGAUUGCGCGACGCGGAGGAGUUUGAGCUUGAGGGGCUGAUUUCGGACGAGGAAGCCGAAACGCCCACUACCAAGGAGACGACUAAUGGGCACGCGACGACCUAA